AUGUAUAGAUCCACCCCACCCCCUACUUCGUCCAGCAUUGUCUACGUUGGCCAACUUCCUUACGAGUGGAGCGAAGAGGCCGUCCAUAGUGCUGUAUGUGGGACCGGUGAUGUUGUUGAGGUCAGAAUGGGUAUGGAUAACCCCCAUAAAAACAAAGGCUUCUGCUUUGUCGAGUAUGCCAAUCCAGCUGAAGCACACAAGGCAAUCUCGUUACUUAACGCGAUGAGAAUCGAGGGGAAGAAAAAUUUACGCACCGAAUUGUCCAAGGAAGGCACCAGAGAACGCAUGAGCGGCCAGAGCCAGAAACCGAUUUUAAAGUUGAACCGAAACGCCUUGCCACAUAACCUUAUCUUGCCACAAGAAAUGCUUAAUGAUGGGAUACCAUUACCAAAUCGUAGUGCAAAUGGCUACGCAGCUCCGAACAUGGGCGCGCCUUACAACCAGAACGCCCAGAUGUACAACACAAAUACCUUCGGUAGCGGGCCCAAUUUCAACGGAAACAGGUUUAACAGCUCGGGCCCAAACAAUUACACGAGCAACCAAAUGUCAGCGAUGCCAUUCUCCAACCCGGCCAUGGCCCCGACAGCCGCUAAUCAAUUCUCUGCCCCUCCGCCGAUCCCAGCCAGCUUAACCAACGCUUUCCAGGUUUUACCGCAACAAGGUGGUCAUACCUUUGACAAGGAGGAUAAGGUGAGUGAAAAUUUGUCUACGAUUCCCCCAGCGAUGUUGGUGCAACUCAUUGCGCAGUUGAAGAGCUUGCUUAUAGGUCCGAAUGCUGCCUCUGCAGCCCAAAUUUUCACCGCUUACCCGCACUUAGCAGUAUCAGCGGCCCAAGCCCUUCUCUCCAUGGGCCUCAUUGACCUCGACGUUAUUUCGGAGGCUGCCCUGACAUCAUCCGUGGAAGCGGCUGCUACCGGUCGCUCCCCAGUCCUGGCUGUGUCUGUUCCAGGACAGACGGAUAUCCCGGCUCUAAGUCAGGACCCAGUCACCGUCCAGGCCCCGGCCCCAGCCCCACAAGUUGCAGUCAACUCAAAGUGGCCAAACUUGCCAUCAUCUGUCGCCGACAAGUUGACGGCAUUGGACCCAUCCCAGGCGGAAUUGAUUGCGCAGGUGUUAUCGUUCACGCCCCAGCAGAUUGAGGCCAUGGCCCCUGAUCAGAAGGCCAUGGUUCAGAAUAUCCAUUCACAAUAUUAUUAG